AUGUCGCCAAAAGUCUNNUUUUUUGUCACAGGAACAUCCACCGGCUUCGGUGCCGAGUACGUCAAGAAAAUCAUCUCGGAAGGUGAUCAUGCAAUCGCUACUGCUCGCAACUCAUCCAAGCUUGAGAAGCCCGAAGGAGCAACGGGUGAGAAUUAUCUUGCUGUAGAUCUGGAUGUUACGAAGAAGGAGUCUAUCAAUGCUGCUUUCAAANAGGCUAUCGAUAAGUUUGGACGCUUGGAUGUUGUUGUCAAUAACGCUGGAUACGGUCUCGCCGGCGAAUUUGAGAGUUUGAGCGAGGAGCAGAUUCGUAAGCAGAUGGAAGUCAACUUCUUCGGCCUCCUGGACGUAACCCGCAAAGCCCUCGAGUCCAUGCGCGCCCAAAAGCCCCAAGGCGGUGUAAUCCAACAAGUCACCUCCAUCGGCGGCCAACGCGGUGUUCCCCUCUUCUCCAUCUACUGCGCCUCCAAAUGGGCAGUCGAAGGCUACACCGAAGCCCUGUCCAAAGAGCUCAAACCCGACUGGAACAUUUCCCUCACCUGCAUCGAACCCGGUGGUUUCCGCACCGACUGGGCGGGUAGAAGUAUGGACUUUGGCGCCAACAAGAAUGAGGAGUAUGAUCAUCUUGAUGCCAAGGCUGCUAUGGGCAAGAGAAAUGGUACGCAGGCUGGUGACCCUAAAAAGGGUGCUAGAUGCAUGUAUGAGUUGGCGGUGAUGAAGGAUCCGCCGUUGAGAUGUGUGAUUGGCACUGAUGCUUAUGCUGGCAUUAAUGAGAAGUUGGAUCAGUACAGGGAGAACGUCAAGAAGUUUGAGGAGUUGAGUAACAGCACGGAUGUUGAUGGUUACAAACCUCCUUCUUAG